GGGAUCCAGAGCUUUAACUCUCCAUCCUCUUCUACGGCUCACACCCUUUUGUCAUUGCGGCUCCCAUAUUUAUCUCUUUCCCUCUGCUCUGAAAUAUCAGGACACUCUAAUUCAUGGAGGAACAAGUGAUUAACAAUAAAACUCCCUAUCGAUGGCUUCCCACAUGCCUCAGAUUUUGAGCUUAAAUCCCGACCUCCUCAUCUCUCUGUUAAGCCCGGCCAUAUUGUCCUAAAAAAUCUGUGUGUUUCCAUUGACCCAUAUCAGAUCAACCAUAUGAAGCUCCACAGCUCUUCACAUGCAGUUUCAUCUGCCACUCGUUUUAUCACUCCUGGACAGGCGAUUAGUGCUUAUGGUGUAGCAGAAGUUGUGGCUUCAAGCGACUCUGAAUUUCAAAAGGUGGACUUGGUUAAGGGGUUCAUACAUUGGGCGGAAUACAGCGUUGUUAAAGCUGAAGAAUGCACUCUAACAAAGUUGGAUACUUUGGGAUUUCCCUUAACAUACUAUCUAGGAAUUUUAGGGAUGAGUGGCCACACUGCUUACACUGGUCUGUUUGGAGUAGGGAAGGUUAAGGAAGGGGACAAAGUGUUUGUGUCUGCAGCAUCUGGCUCUGUUGGGAAUUUAGUUGGACAGUUUGCUAAGCUGCAUGGUUGCUAUGUUGUUGGAUGUGCUGGUUCUGAUCAAAAGGAAGAGAAGCUUGUAAUGGCAGGUGGCAUUGCUGGAAGAGAAGCUUGGCUUUGACGAAGCAUUCAACUACAAGCAACAAAAAAAUCUGAGUUCUUCCAUUCAUUUGAACAUUAAAAAUACCCAACACAUUCAAAACAGUAGAAGCAUUGUGCAGGUACUUCCCCAAAGGAAUUAAUACUUACUUCGACGACGUGGGGGACGAGAUGCUAGAGGCAGCCAUUGCAAACAUGAAGCCAUUUGGAAAAGUGGCUGCGUGCAGUGUUAUUUCAGAGUACACAAAAUCAGCAAAACGAGAGGGCCCAAACAUGUUGGACAUUGUAUACAAAAGGAUCACAAUCCAAGGAUUUUUGGUGAUUGAUUAUUGGGAUGUUUUUCCAGAUUUCAUAUCCAGGACCGUCGGCUACCUUCGCUCCGGCAAGAUUAAGGCUGUCGAAGACAUAUCAGUGGGUGUGGACAGCAUUCCCACAUCUUUCAUCGGAUUGUUCCAAGGCAAUAAUAUUGGGAAGAAGAUAGUCAAACUUGCUUACUAGUAUUACUAUCAUCGUCAUCAUCAUUUUAAAUCAAAUAUUGUUACCUUUCUUUUUCCUGAAACAUAUUUGGGCUCAGUUAUCCCUCCAAACAUUCCAAGUUUUUAUUUCCUUCAGAAACACUGUUCUUUUGUUUUGUUUCAAAACAAUUGGAACUUUUCUCUCA